GGCGCCCGAAAAUGUAAACAAACAGCCGAAGAAUGGAUGCGUACGUUUUCGACUGCGAUCGGCCGCAUCGUUAACUUCUAAUUCGAACACAUUACCCUACUGACAUGCUCGAUGCUCAGUUGAUCAGCAGGGGCACCGUCGUGUCAGCGACUCACAUUGAAGAUGUGUCCUGUUGCAUUGUACGGGAGUACCUCUCGAGGAAGGGCCUCAAAAACACGCUGGCCACAAUGGAUGAGGAGCUCCCUAGACGUGCAGGAUGUUUUUCUGCCCGCGAUCAACUCAUCCGAGCCGUUUGUAUGGAACGGCUCGUCAGAGAGAACAAGGAAAGAGAGACACCGUACAAAGCUCUCUUGGAAAUGCUAGUCCAGGAAAGACUUUUGCGGAGGCGCUCCAAAACGAAGCAGGAAUCGACGACUAGAAACGCCGGCGGGGAGUUCGUCCGCGAAGUAAACAAUAACUUUUCCAAUCUGUUGUCUGCAAAGAACGGCAGCAACGACUCGCUGAACUCAGCCGACGUGAUCACCCGCACCAGAAGUCAAACCGAAACUAAGCGGCCGCAAUCUGCGCGUGGCAGACGAGACGCGGGGGGUCUCGUUUUACGUCCGAAGAACGACAUCGAAGCGGUGCACAAGCUCAUAUCCAAAUCGCAGCAGUACAGAGGAGGCACACAGCAUCAGGGCACGUCGGACGACAAUUUCCCCCAUCUGGACGAGCCCUUCGCGCCGUUAAAUGGGCAGGGUGACAGAGCCGACGCCAUCGACGAUCUCGGAAAGCAGAUAAGUGAGGUCUUCAGCACCCACAAGGAGCAGAGGCUACGACGGAAUAUGUUGCCGACGCGGUCGGUGGCUCCCGCAAACUCGCUCGGAACGGCGGGUGAUACAAAAGUCCCGUCCGUCCACUUACCGAGGCCGGCGAGGAUCACCACUCUCAGGAUGGACUCCUUUGGAGAUGCAGAAUAUUCCUUGAAUAGGGAAGGAAGUGAAGAUGCAAAGAAGUCUUUCCUCCUGAGAAGUCAAAGUGCUCCGAGGCUUGAACAGUCUGCACGGGACAGCAUGAGGAGAACACACACGGCAUCCAACAAUAUUGCGAAUCUCAUCACCAAAACCAAAUCAAACGUGGGAAUGUCGGAUGAGGUAGACGACGUCGAGCUUUCCGACGUAACGGAUCAAGACAUACAGGGUGAUCACGCGAUAGUUACACAUCGACUGGUGAACUUUCGACCAAUCACACUCGAGGAAGCUACGGACAUCAAACGCCUUCUUUUCGGGUCCCCGUCUUGCAAAUUUGGUGAGGAGUGGGCUGAACAGGGAUUCACCUUCGUGAACUCCAACGCCGUUCCUUACGGUCUCAUUCAAAAAAAGGGCGGUCCCUGCGGUGUUCUUGCAGUUGUUCAGGCGUAUCUACUGAAGGAGUUGUUGUGGCCAGAUUCUAGUCAAAAAGACGAUACUGGUUCUACGGAUGUUGGUAUAGAAGAAAGGAACACAGCGCUUGCAGGUGCUCUUAGCUGUAUUCUGUGGCAAGCAGGCAAUGGAAGGAAAGCUGUCAUAGUGAAUCCCUCUGGUGUGAAAGUCUUGAAGGUUGAAGGUCUUCUGUCCGCAGACGGCAUAACAGAAACAUUAACAGUAUCCACAUUUACAUCAAAACAAGCCGUUCUAGAAUACUACAAGUCAUGCAUAUCAAAGUUACAAGAAGAAAGCUGUUCAAGCUGUGUCGCCUUCUUGAUAUCUGUACUGUUGACUCAUGGGAUUGAAAGAAUCCGUGAGGAAAUGGAUGAACGCAAUAGCUGCUUGAUAGGGAAACAUAGCCAUUGCAAUCAGGAAAUGGUAAAUCUGCUGCUCAUUGGACAAGCAGUUACAAAUGUCUUCAAUAAUGAGGUCUCAUUUGGCAAAGAAGAAAAGACUGUGUUACGUGGCAUCACAUCCCCUUCAAAUAUUGGACUGCUGUCUCUGUAUGAACACUACAACUCAUGUGAGGUUGGAUCACACUACAAGGACCCCAAGUUUCCAAUCUGGCUUGUCCUGAGCGAGAGCCACUUCUCUGUGCUCUUCUCCAAGACACGGACCGCACUGUGCCCUAGCGGACGACAGUUUCAACUGUACUACUACGACGGCCUCAACAAGCAGGAGGAGGAGAUCAAGCUUACUAUAGACCCCUCAGCCAAUGUUAUCUGUGAAGACUCAAUCAUGACUCCCCCGUUGGAGCUGUGCAUCAGAACCAGGUGGAAAGGGGCAUCUGUAUCUUGGAACGACUCGGAACCUCUACUUUGAAGUGACCCAGCUGUUCUCAAGGAGCAGUACUACUAUUACUCUAGUCUGUCGAGCUAGUCGGAGGAACAAAAAUCCGUCCAUUCACGGCCUUGAUCUCAUUUGCGUUCUGUAUAGACGAGUCUCAGUAUUACUCCGUUUACUACUUCAAUUUUUAAAUUAAAUCAGGGACUUGCACUACACACGACCUUUCGGUACAUA